AUGAUUUUAGUGAUGAAGAUGAGGAAGAAGAACACUUCUACGGGGCCGUUGCUGAUGACAACGAGGAUGAUGAUGAUGAUGACAUCGGUGGUGAGAAUGGAGAUGGCACCCAUGGUGAGAAUGUCGGUGGUCAGUCUGAACAAAAUACAGAUCAUUUUUAGUCGCGCCUUCCUCAUGAGUACACGCAUCAGAAUGUUGACGACAUGUGUGUCAAUAUGAAUCUGUGGCCUAAAGAAAAUGCAAUAUGGGAAGCUGGCAAAGAGUUUGAAUUGGGGAUGGUUUUUAGUUCGAGGUAUGCUGUCCAGACAUGCGCGGCGAGUUAUCACAUUGCAGCUAAUAAAGAAUACAAGAGCAGUGUAACAACUGGUAAAACAAUAGUUCUUGUGUGUGUGAACAAUGACACUUGCAAUUGGAGGUUGCGUGCGUCGCUUUUAAAAUGCGAGUCGGACUGGAUGAUAACAAGAUAUAACGGCCCCCACCAAUGCAGCGGCCAAUCAAUGAACCAAGACCAUCGCAAUUUAAGAGCGCGACAGAUAGCUGAACACAUCGACACGCAAUUGCAUCUGCAACGUGACAUUAGGAUUAAAACACUUCAAGAGGGCAUUUUUCAGAAACUGCGAGUUAGGCCCGGAUACAAAAAAACUUGGUAUGCCAAGGAAAAGGCCAUUGCAAACAGGUUCGGACAAUGGGACGACUCUUUCAAGGAGAUUUGUCAUUUUAUGACGAAUGUCACCGUUGCUAAUCCCAGGACAGUCUGGCAUGCUACCGGUACACCAAUUGAAAACAAUCCACAAUUCAGAACUUUCAAGCAUAUGUUUUGGACUUACGAGCCAGUGGUGAAGGGUUUUCAGUAUUGCAAGCCUGUGGUGUACAUCGACGACACCCACACAUAUGGAAAAUACGAAAUGACUUUGUUGAUUGUUGAUUGCUUCUGCAAUUUGUUACCCCGCCACCAGCAACGACGAGUACGGCCAUUCCCCAGGACCAGCAGGGUGACGACGGAGCCGACGACGAGGACGCCGAUGCAGGAGAGGGAGAUGGUCGCCCAGGUCGACGUUACCUCACCAUCAGUACAGGCCGUCGGGCGAAUCGUAACAGAAACAACUUGCGCUCGAACCUCCCGGUCACUAGCAGAUAUGACGAUAGGACUCCUAGCAAACCGCGUAACACUUACGCGGUUUGCCACGUUGGCAAUGCAAACCGCGUAA